GUCAUUCUUGCCGACAGCCUGUCUUGAUUGGUGGUCGCUGCUAAUGAGGGACGGUGUUGACUGCCAAGAACCAUGUAAGAACAUGACGAGUCUAUCCUCUGCAUUUUGCCCAUGCCUACCCCAUGUUAAGCAUGGUUCUGGUCCAAAUCCUUAGAGGCCACUUUAUAUGAGUAAUGAACCCACCUGGACAAAGACGCAGCCUCUCUUCACUCCCCUUGGGUCUCUUUCCCUUUGGCUGCACAAUGAAGAGAGCCAAAGUGAGCUCAGUGUAUGAAGAUGAGAGGAGAAAUAGAAGCAGAGAAGAAAAAGACUAUAGCUCAAGGAGGGCAGGAAUCCAAGCAAAAGCUCGGAAACAUGGGCACAAAGAAAAUGCGAAACCUCAUUACUUUGUCCGCGGCAGGGCUAAAAGAACAGCAUCCAUGUUGGAGAAGAAGAAAAGCGGACAAGGUUACAAUGAAGAAGCUGUUGCAGCAGCGAAGGGCGUGAUGCUGGAGAAAUGGGAAGGAGAGCCAGAGUGGUGGGAGGAGUGGCCAUUGAGCUGGAGUUAUGAGGAGCAAUGGAUGUGGAGUGGAACUUCCAUAUGGGAUUUCCGCCGAUACUGGGAGGUGAUGGACGGUCUUUAUUUCGUAAAUGGAGGUGAUCAAUAUCAAGAUCAAGAGGAAGCUUGGAAGGAUUGUGAUGAUGAUAUCUGGAACUUGAGAGCCAUUACUGAUAUUACAAAUCCUUGAUAUGGACGUGAGAGUGAAAUAUCCAAAGAGAGCAACUGCUGUGUGUGAAUUAUAAACACCUUGGCUAUGCUUAUAGUAAGAUUUUAAGUUGAUAAAAUUAAUAUUUUUCUUUUUUGCAGUAUUAAUUUUAUCUGGGUUUUUCAUUUUGUUGCUAAUUAGUCUCAAAUUGGCCUUAGAAAUUGAGGUUUACACUUGUACGAUCCAUAAUUUUCUUGCAUGAGUUAAUUAGGUUGCAAAUAUAAUCCAAAAAAUUAAUAUUAUAUAAUAAACAGCUGUUCUAGAAGGACCCAUUUUACUUGGUAAGUUAAAAUUAAAAUUCAUUUGAUGCGUACCAAUUAUUUUUCACAUGGGUUAAUGGUAUUUUAUUAUUUUUUUUUAUAUAUUUUUUUUCCUGUUCAUCCUUUGUAUAUUGGCUACGGCUGCAGCCUGCUUUGUGUAUGUAUAUAAACUGUGAUUUUAUUGAUUGAGAAAGCAGACGAGGCGAAGGGCUCACGAAUGUAAAUAUAAAGAUAGGUAACGUUUGCUUAUUUUGAUUAGGUUGAUAGUAUCUCAGUAAUUGUAGAUACAAAAAGGGAUUUGCAAUUUAAUUAGUAUGGAAGGCUUUAAUUUAGUAAAUUAUAUUGAAUCAUGUGGUUAGGUUUAGUGGUGUUUCAAUUGUUUGUUAGGCUAAAUAGUUAACAAGAAUUUGAAUCAUACAAUUAGCAGCAGAACUUCCAGUACUUAUAUAUAAAACUUGCAUGAUAUUGAUGCCCAUGGUUGAAGAUAAUUAGGGUUUUAAUGAAUUACUACUAAUAAUAAAAGAUUAAUUUUUGAAUCGUACGUAUAUGUAAUUAAUUAAGCUU